CAGCAUGGACAGGAUUCUUGAGAAGUAUGAGAGGUAUUCAUUUGCCGAAAGACAACUUGUUGCUACUGAGCCUCAGUCACCUAAUCUGGAACAACAGCUUGACAUUGCUCUUAAGAGCAUUCGUUCCAGAAAAAAUCAACUCUUGUACGAUUCCAUCUCCGAAUUGCAGCAAAAGAUCAAAGAGAAGGAACAAGAAAUGGGCCAGCAGGCCCAACUGUGGGACCAGCAGAAUCACGGCCCAAGUGCACCACCACCACCACAACAGCCACAACCACAAUUCUUGAUGUCUCCACAAUUUCCGGGCCUUAACAUGGGAGGUGUGUACGAAGGUGAAGCAAUGGAGGCAAGAAGGAAUGAACUCGACCUCACCCUUGAUUCUCUGUAUUCAUGCCAUCUUGGAUGCUUUGCGACUUGAGAGGAUUAUGGUGUGUUUCCUACUUAAUUAAUUUUUAUUACCAGCAAAUAAAGUUAUGUGAUCAUCAUGUUUGAUCUGUGUUGGGAAACUGCUAGUUUGUUCUAGCAGUAUUGCUGUGUGUGGUUUAAGUGUAAAAUUUAGAAGUUGUACUUUCGAAGAGCUUGCUAUGAUGAGGACUGUAAACGUUACUACGACUAUGAUUUAUGUAUCUCUCUUUUAUUUUU